AUGGAAUCUAUUCUCUCUGCACAUGAAAUUGGUGAAGGGCUUCCCGUUCUGAUCAUUCAUGGAUGGCAAAUGGAAGGAAGAGCCGAGGAGGUGGACUUUGAGCCGAUUUUCAACAAAACACCGGGACUUCGCCGGAUUUAUGUGGACCUUCCAGGCAUGGGCGCAACACCCGCGAAUAAUGUCAAGGAUCUGGACGAUAUAUACCUUCGCCUGGUGCAAUUCAUUGAUUCUCGACUUGGGAAUUCAAGAUUCUUACUUGUCGGUUCAUCAUGUGGCGGCUACCUUGCACGUGCGAUAGCUCAAAAAUAUAUUGAGCAAGUCGAUGGUUUGCUAUUACGCGUACCGCUUAUUGAGCCAAAGGACAGUGUACGCGAUCUCGAUGCUUUCAAACCUUUGGUUGCAAAUGAGCAACUCAUGUCGAACAUAUCAGCUGAAGACAAGGCACAUCUUGGAAAUGUUCUCGUUCAAACGCCGCCUUACGUUAAAGCUUUAAAGGCGAAAUAUGAGGAGGUUUACCUUCCAGCGGAGAAAGCAGCAGACAAUAAGGUGUUGGAUCCGAUCCGAGCAGAUCCACAUCGAUAUCAGUUAUCCUUUUCGCUCGACGAUCAAAGUGCUAAGUUCUUCGCACCCACACUUGUUGUGUGUGGUCGGCAAGACGAGAGCGUGGGUUAUCGAGACAGCCUUCGCUUGCUGGAGUUGUAUCCACGAUCGACUUAUGUUGUUCUAGAUCGUGGUACGCAUGGCCUUCCUAUUGAUGAGACUGGUCUUUUUGAAGCUCUUGUUCGUGAUUGGAUAACACGGGUUGAUGAAUGGCGAGGUCACACGGACAGAUAA